AGGCGACAUCCGACUGAUAAAUACCCUCCAGCCAAUAUCGCCCCUCGCGCCCUCCUUCCCUCCUCCUCACGACCCACCAGCUGCUGCCAUGUCUUCAAAAGCCAUCCGCGAGUACGACGCGAAACUCCUGCUGGCCUACUGGCUCGAGCGCGCACCCGCCGUAGACCCUUCCUGGCAGCUGGCCACCAAGUUCGCCUUCCCCGCCCCCAAGGUUGCCCAGGUGUCGUGGGACCCGGAGACGAACGCCAUCACGCCCGACACGCAGCUCCCGAGCUGGGUGUUCACCACAAAACUCGUCGCGAAGCCCGACCAGCUCAUCAAGCGGCGAGGCAAGGCCGGGCUCCUUGCCCUCAACAAGACCUGGGACGAGGCCAAGGAGUGGAUUCAGGCUCGCGCGGGGAAGCCGCAGAAGGUCGAGGCCAUCACAGGCACGCUCAACAACUUCAUCGUCGAGCCCUUCCUCCCCCACCCUUCCAACACCGAGUACUACGUCUGCAUCAACUCCGACCGUGAUGGCGAUAACAUCCUCUUCACGCACGAGGGCGGCGUCGACAUCGGCGACGUCGACGCGAAGGCACUGACCCUCCAGAUCCACGUGAACGCACCCGUGCCCGACCGCAAGACCAUCGCGGACACCCUCCUCAAGUACGUCCCCGAGGCGAAGAAGGCGACCCUCGUCGACUUCCUCAUCCGCCUCUACUCGGUCUACGUCGACCUCCACUUUGCGUACCUCGAGAUCAACCCGCUCAUCUGCCUUGAUGGUGUCGAUGGCGGUGCGCCGACCAUCUACUACCUCGAUAUGGCUGCGAAGCUCGACCAGACCGCGGAGUCCAUCUGCGGCCCCAGGUGGGCGAUCGCGCGUGACCUGUCUGUGUACGAGCCUGGCAGCCAGGCGACGACCUCGAAGGGCAAGACUGUCUCUGCUGACCGUGGUCCGCCCAUGGUUUGGCCCGCUCCCUUCGGUCGUGAUUUGACCAAGGAGGAGGCGUACAUCCAGAAGCUCGAUGCCUCCACCGGUGCUUCGCUCAAGCUCACCGUGCUUAACGCCGAGGGUCGCAUUUGGACCAUGGUCGCGGGUGGUGGUGCCUCCGUUGUGUACUCUGACGCCAUCGCUGCGCACGGCUUCGCGCACGAGCUCGCCAACUACGGUGAGUACUCGGGUGCGCCGUCCGAGGGCCAGACGUACGAGUACGCAAAGACAAUCAUCGACCUCAUGACCCGCGGCACGCCCCACUCCGAGGGCAAGAUCCUCAUCAUUGGCGGUGGUAUCGCCAACUUCACGAACGUCGCCGCUACGUUCAAGGGCAUCAUCCGCGCGCUCAAGGAGUACAAGUCCCCGCUCAUCGCGCACAACGUCAAGAUCUACAUCCGUCGCGGUGGCCCGAACUACCAGGAGGGCCUCAAGGCCAUGCGUCUCCUCGGCGAGUCGCUCGGCGUCCCCAUCAAGGUAUACGGUCCCGACACGCACAUCACCGAGAUCGUCCCUCUCGCACUCGGCGUCGCUGGCAAGCCCAAGAACCCUGUUCACUCCAUCGCUGCCACCCCUGUCGGCCCGCCCUCGCCCACGAUCAAGGCCAGCGCGGACCCCGCGACGGCCAUCGGCUCGAUUGGCCCCGACGGCGAGCGCUCGCAGCCCAACGACCAGAUCGUGCGCUUCGACAACGUCGAGGCCAAGGGCACGCGUCCCGCGUUCCGCCCCUUUGACGACCGCACACGCGCGUUCGUGUACGGCCUCCAGCCCCGCGCCAUUCAGGGCAUGCUCGACUUUGACUACUCGUGCGGACGCGAGGCGCCGUCGGUCGCGGCGAUGAUCUACCCUUUCGGUGGACACCACAUCCAGAAGUUCUACUGGGGCACGAAGGAGACCCUCUUGCCGGUGUACACCAGCGUUGAGGAGGCGGUGAGCAAGCACCCCGAUGCGGACGUUGUUGUGAACUUUGCGAGCUCGCGCAGUGUGUACUCGAGCACACUCGAGAUCUUCCAGUUCGCUCAGAUCAAGUGCAUCGCCCUCAUUGCGGAGGGUGUGCCCGAGCGCCAUGCGCGCGAGAUCUUGCACACGGCGAAGGCGAAGGGCGUCCUCAUCAUUGGUCCUGCUACUGUUGGUGGUAUCAAGCCGGGCUGCUUCCGUAUUGGUAACUCUGGAGGUAUGAUGGACAACAUCAUCGCGUCCAAGCUCUACCGCGCAGGCUCCGUUGGCUACGUAUCCAAGUCUGGUGGUAUGUCGAACGAGCUCAACAACAUCCUCUCGCUCGUCACGAACGGCACCUACGAGGGUAUCGCCAUCGGUGGUGACCGCUACCCCGGCUCGACCUUCAUCGACCAUCUCCUGCGCUACGAGCAGGACCCCGACUGCAAGAUGCUUGUCCUGCUCGGCGAGGUCGGCGGUGUGGAGGAAUACCGCGUCAUCGAAGCCGUCAAGAAGGGCAUCAUCCGCAAGCCGAUCGUCGCAUGGGCGAUCGGGACGUGCGCGAAGAUGUUCACGACGGAGGUGCAGUUCGGGCACGCGGGCUCCAUGGCCAACUCGGACAUGGAGACGGCCGACGCGAAGAACCGCGCGAUGCGCGCGGCGGGCUUCAUUGUGCCCGACACGUUUGAGGACCUCCCCGCGGUGCUGAAGGAGACCUACGAGCGCCUUGUUUCGAGCGGCGCGAUCGUGCCCAAGCCGGAGCGCGAGCCCCCCGUCAUCCCGAUGGACUACAAGUGGGCGCAGGAGCUCGGCCUCAUCAGGAAGCCUGCGGCGUUCAUCUCGACCAUCUCGGACGAGCGCGGCCAGGAGCUGCUCUACGCCGGCAUGCGCAUCACGGAUGUCUUCAAGGAGGACAUCGGCCUCGGCGGUGUCGUAUCUCUGUUGUGGUUCAAGCGCCGCCUCCCGCCGUGGGCGACCAAGUUCAUUGAGAUGGUGCUCAUGCUCACUGCCGAUCACGGUCCGGCUGUCUCUGGUGCGAUGAACACCAUCGUCGCGACCCGUGCGGGCAAGGACCUGAUUUCCUCGCUCGCGUCCGGUCUCCUCACCAUCGGCAGCCGCUUCGGUGGUGCGCUCGACGAGGCCGCUUCGAUGUUCUCUGGCGCGCGCGACACUGGUCUCACGCCGCGCGAGUUCGUUGACCAAUGCCGCAAGCAGAACAAGCUGAUCAGCGGUAUCGGCCACAAGAUCAAGAGCGUCAACAACCCUGACCUCCGUGUCGAGCUCGUGAAGGAGUAUGUGCACAAGCACUUCCCGAGCCACAGCCUGCUCGACUACGCGCUCGCGGUCGAGAAGGUCACGACGUCCAAGAAGGACACACUCAUCCUGAACGUCGACGGCUGCAUCGCAGUUUGCUUCGUCGACCUGCUCCGGGACAGCGGCGCGUUCGCGCCCGAGGAGGCGGACGAGUACAUCAGGAUCGGCACGCUGAACGGCCUGUUCGUGCUCGGGCGCAGCAUUGGCUUCAUCGGCCACCACCUCGACCAGAAGCGCCUCCGCGCGCCGCUCUACCGUCACCCUGCCGACGACAUCUUCAUCAACAUGGCGGACCUGCAGCAGCCGCGCGUGCUCGGCAAGAUGGCGUAAGAUGGCGGAGGGUGCGAUGCUGUUCUUGGGUGCGGGCGGAUUGGACUGGGGCUGUUGUAGUACAUCUAUCACGCUUUCGUAGUUAUAACUGCAUGUGUAAACGACUAAUGAUGCAUCGACAUAGACGGUUUCCUUCUC